GCGACGCGUGGGGAGGAGCAGGCCGGGCCCCGCCUCGCCGCGCCGCGCCGCUCGGCCGCCGAUUGCUCGCGCCUGGCCGCAGCCGGGCGGACGGCAGACUGCGUCGCUCCCGCGUCCCCGCGCCGCGCCCGCCGGGCGCUCCCAGUCGCGGCUCUCGCCCCGGGCUCGGCUGCUCGCGCGGGCGUCCAGCCCGGCUCCGCGGCCGCCGGCCCGAUGGCACCUCAGAGGAGGGGCGCGCCCAAGGCUGAGGGCAGCGGUGCGGCCGAGCGCGGGCGCCCGAGCAGCACCAAGAAGGACCAGGUCCCAAGGGAAGCGCAGAGGCCAUGGCUGAAGACUGUAGGUCUGGGAGCUGGCCUCGUGCUGGUUGCACUCCUGCUGUGGAACAGUCUGGGGACUGAUGAUGGUAUCGCCGAGGUCCUGGCCCUCCGUGGCGAGGUACUGGCAGGAAGGUUCAUUGAGGUGCCCUGCUCUGAGGACUACGAUGGCCACCGAAGGUUUGAAGGAUGCACCCCCAGGAAGUGUGGCAGGGGCAUCACCGACAUCGUCAUCACCAGGGAGGAGGCAGACCGCAUUCGCAGCAUAGCGGAGAAGGGGCUUUCCCUGGGAGGAUCCGAUGGAGGGGCAUCCAUCCUGGACUUGCACUCAGGGGCCCUGUCUGUUGGGAAGCACUUUGUGAACCUGUACAGAUACUUUGGGGAUAAAAUACAAAAUAUCUUCUCCGAAGAAGACUUCCAGUUAUACCGGGAUGUGCGGCGGAAGGUCCAGCUCACCAUCGCCAAUGCUUUUGGCAUCAGUGCAUCCUCGCUGUAUCUGACCAAGCCAACGUUCUUCUCCCGCAUAAACAGCACGGAAGCCCGGACGGCGCACGAUGAGUACUGGCACGCACAUGUGGACAAGGUGACCUAUGGCUCCUUUGACUACACCUCACUGCUGUACCUCUCUGACUACCUGGAGGACUUUGGUGGAGGCCGUUUUGUGUUCAUGGAGGAGGGAGCCAACAAGACAGUGGAGCCAAGAGCUGGUCGGGUCUCAUUCUUCACCUCGGGCUCAGAGAACCUGCACCGGGUGGAGAAGGUGCGCUGGGGCACCCGCUACGCCAUCACCAUCGCCUUCACCUGCAACCCUGACCACGGCAUUGAGGACCCGGCACUCACGUAGCCCCUCAUGUGGGGAAGCAGCGCGCUCAGGGCAGCAGUCCCGGACAGUGCUUAGCACGUGCUCUGCCCCUGCCCUUGCAGCCGUCUCCCUGUCCAGAGUGCCUUACGAAUUAUCCCGAAUUUUGAUUUGCUGGUGUUUUAAUCUUUUCAUCUGUGAGUAAAUGAAGAGAGGAGCAGCUUUUCCACCUCACACACACCAUGUUUGCUCUGGCAGGAGAGGGGUCCCUGGACCAGGGGAGAAACACAGCCUGUGAACAGAGGUGGUCGCCUUGCUCUGGUCCGUGCUGAGGAACCACCUGGACCACUGAAACCUGGCCAGAGCACUGCAGACUUGAUGGGGAUGGAGAAAAGGUGGGGUCAGCAGCUUCUGCUAGGACACAGGACCUGGGAUGGUGGCACUUUGGGGAAGGUCCCGGGGGGCACUGCCUCUGGGAGGCAGCUGUGAUCCUUUCACCCUGAGAGCAGUUCUGCACAUUCAAGGUGGAGAUGAACCUUUCACAUCCUCACUGGCUGAGUCUGUGCCUGAGAAACAGCCUGGGCACCACAGUCUUGCUGUCCUGGGCUCCACUUGCCACUACCAGGGUCCCCGACAGUCCAUGUCUGAAUGUGUCCCUGCCAAGGAGGGUCUCAGCAUCCCUGUCCCCACCUCCUGUGGCCCCCGCCCAGUGAGGCACUGUCCAUACAGCCCCUUCUCAUCCUAGUGCUGUCACUGCCCUUUUUGUUUUGUUUUUGUUUUGGUCUAGUUUUUUUGGGAGGGACUGAGGUUUGAACUUGGCUUUGCACUUGCAAAGCGGUGCUC